AUCGCGAAACAAUCCACGGUGUCAUUUGAAGCGCGCACAGGCGGUCGCCUUUCCUGCUCUUUUACGAUACAGCGUGAAAAACACUGCCGGCGUUGUGUGAUCGUCGAAAGAAGAUCUCCACCUGUUCGAAACACGGUCGUCAUACAUAAGAGGAUAUCAUCAGCUCCAGCACCCGAUGUGAUGGACGCCUCCUAAAGUCCGUUAUCAAGCAGGGAGCACAGCUACAGCACAACACGGUGCCGUGAGAACGAUGGAACCCUCUUGUGUAAAGCUGUACUUGGCCAUGGCCAUGGCGGCCUUCUUCUUCCUGUCUGAGCUAGUCGCCUCCCACGUGACCCACUCCCUGGUGCUCCUCACAUGUGCCUAUCAAAUGCUCUACAACGUCCUCGCCAUUGUGCUCCUAGUGCUCAGCUACCACGUGUGCCGUGAGCGGACCUUGCGGAACACAUUCGGUUGGGCCAGACUCGAGGUGUUGGGAGCCCUCGUGAAUCUACUUUUCCAGAUGGCUCUUUGCUUCGCCAUCUCUGUGGCUGCCAUUCAGACAUUGGUGCAUGCUUCGCACGAGAGCACCGAGCCUCGCCUGCCAUUGCUGCUGCUCUGCUUUGGAAUACUGGGCCUGGCUGUGCACACUGUCUGCUACCUAGUCAUUCAUACACGGCACAAGAAUCGUCGUGGCUGCAACGUGGGGAUAGUUAGUGGCACCGACGUCCAAGUCAACUUUGUGCUGGGUGACGACACUGCCGAGGAGGCCUGCCAGCUUAGUCCAGAACAGAUACCUAUUCCCCCUGCUGUGGGAGGACGAACAACGGUGCAUUGGCAGGAAUGUGCGUCCGAGGCCCUUCGUACGUGUGGCGGAUGCCUCUUGCUCAUGGCGUGCGCUGUAGCCGUGCACUUCGGCGAUGGGCCGCUUCCUCGCUACGUGGAUCCUGCUCUUGCCAUCGUCGCCGUUCUUGUCCUGGUCUGCACGUCCUACCCGAGGAUGAAAGAAUCUGGGCUUAUCCUGCUGCAGAAUAUGCCCAAAAAUGUUGACAUGGAAACACUGCAGAAGAAACUGCUCCAAGAGUUCCCGGCAAUCAUCAACGUACAUGAGUUUCACCUGUGGCAGCUGACCAACAGCCAACUGAUUGCUACGGUGCAUAUCGCAGUGGACAGCGAGGCGGCCUACGCCUCUCUGGCAGGGAAGGUGAGCCGAUUCCUCAAAGAUCAAGGAAUUGCGCUGCCCACAGUGCAGCCGGAGUUCUGUCAGGGCGAUCACUCGGCCUCCCCGUGCAUAUUGAGAUGCUCUAAGGGCAAGGCAUGUGGAACGUUAACAUGCUGUCGCGAGGACCACGAUGAAGCCCAUGGCACAGCUAGGCGAAGAAACGCGUCGCACGACAGGAAGGAACAAGCGCAGCAACAACUGCAGGCUCCGCUGCUUCAGGAAAAUCGCACCUCUUCAUUCCUGCACCUGGAUGAGGGAGCGCUCGGCCGCGUGAAUAGCCUCCAAGAGACGGACGUUUGACAUCACAUCUGCUGGUCGAUGCUGGAAGACGUGUUUCGAACGUCAUCGAGACACUACAAAAAAGUGCGCUCGCUUCCCAAGUCCCAGCUUCUAGGAUAUGCGACAGCUGCUCAAGGGUGUGGCAUCUGGCCGCGUGCCACGUGCAACCGGCCGGCAACUGCCUUUGGUAUCGAUAACUUUCAGCCCAAUUUUCGGAAGACAACGGUGUAAAGGCUAAAAUAGUUAUUCCCCAUGCAGCAAUGCAAGGUAUUGGGGAAUUAGUGCCAGAAUUUUUAUUCAUCUCCUAUUGUAAAUACCAUCAGCCGGUCACGUGUCUGGUGCUUUCAUAUACGGGACAUGAGGAUAGUACAGGAGCGUUCACGUUCCAAACUGUACUCGAUCCUUGGCACCACUGUUGGGCCUCUCACAAUAUGUCAUGAUAAUAGUUCAUAAUAAGUAUAACUCGGUCAUUACUUGUCUUUGCAAACGGGACCUGAUCAGAAUUUGUGUGUGGAUUUUAUUUUUAGACGUUUUCGUACAAAGGAUUCUUGUGCCUCAGAAGCACGUUUCUUCUUAGCAUCUACUGGGAGCAGACUAUAGCAACGCUUUUGUUAUUCCCGUGCGGAUGGGAAGGUAAUACCGUUUAACCAAUCGUCUAUUUGUCAUCAAACGUCGAUGGAGUAAUGGUGGCACCUACAUUGGCUACAUUCAAGGAUAGCUCAUCAGCAUAAAAAGAGAAUGGACCACUGAAUGGGCUAACGCAUCGACUUAUUCGUUGAAGUUUUAGUUAUUUCCGUAGAGCCUGAUAUUGCACGUUUUAACAUCCGAUAUUAAAAUUGGAUCACUCCAAGCGCAGAAACUAAAUACCAGUACACCUGAAGGUGCUCACGGAAUUCUAACCACAGGAGGUCGAAGCUAUUUUCGUUUGUAGCCUGUAUGAUGGCAGCUUCAGUGUCCGUGAGAAAUAUAUGCUCCAUUCUAUAUUUGCGAAUACAUAUACAGGGCGGUAUUUAUCCUUUACAGAGCAGCGAAGUUGUCUUUUUUGCAGUUACGACGGCUGCUUCGAGGCGGACAUCCUCUCUCAGAGAGUAUGUAACUGUAAGGUGACUAUUUACCUACGUAUCUCCUCGUUGAAAGCCAUUCUAUCUUUUUAAAAUCCUGAAACGAGCCCGUGCCGUGAAAUAUUCAUAGCCGAAUUUCGUACGCAAAUAUAAGCCGAAACCAAAACCGUGCGCCUCAGGUGAGCAUGACCUUCGCCGACAGAGGCUUAUCUGGGCAGCAAAGCGGUUGAUCUAGCCAGCACUUCAGCAACUACCCCAGUCAUCUCCAUCGCUCCAAAGCAAGUGGCCCUCUGACGUGAAGUGAGCGCUGCAGGUCGGCCCGGUUUCGGUUCAUUUGCAUAGCAAAAAUUCGGCGCUGGGUACUUCAACACACGUGCGUGUUGCGGGACUUUUUAAAAUGGAAUGGCCUUCAACGAGGGUUGUCUUCCAUUCAGCUAUCUCGCUUUUUGCCGGAGUCCCGUAAUUACAGAGUUAAUUAAUGGAUUUUAGGUAUAAUUAGUCAAGGCACAAUCUGUGACUUUUUCUCGCAGUUUCCCUCCACGGUUUGUUUGUGGAAAUAAACUAAUUAUUAUUAUUAUUAUUAUGUUGUAGUUACAUACCAUCUUCGAGAGGAUGUCCGCCUGGACAUAUAACUCACUUGCAAAAACGACAUCUAUGCUGCUCUCAUAGCUUUUUUUAUAAAAAUCUGUAAAGGCUAAAAAUGAGCACCCUUUUUAAUUACGAAUACAAUUGUGGCAGGAAAUAUAAUAUGGCCAGACCUAUGGCCAAAGGCUUUCAUCGGUGGAUAUUCGGGACAUCGGGACUAUCGAAACGGAACGUGAUGCAAGGCUCGUCGCAUGACGACAGAAUUAACGUAAAAAGUUGUAAAUGUUCUAGAAAGGUGCCUUCUUUUGUCGGAUCAGAGGUGGGAGGCCCAUGAAGAAUUACUGUGUCCGUAAAGGGCACUGGGGUACAAAAAUUUAUCCUCGCGGAAUGAAAGACAUGGUGUCACCUUAACACCAACACAAAAGGAACGGAAUUCAUCGGUAUGUGUCCUUCGUGAUUUACGAUCGAUAGAAAAACCGCAAUUUACGCCUUUCCCUCUUCCUCUUCUUUUCAAGAAGGCCGUCGAUGCGGAGAGGGCUCUCAUUGGUCUCUUGAAACGAUUUCUCCAAUCAUGGCGGGAGAAUGUUUCAGGAGACCAGUCCGAGGCCUCUCCGCAUUGCCGCGAUCCCUUAAGAAGGAGAGGGAGAAGGAAAAUGUAAAUUGCGGGUUCUUUCGCUCAUAAAUCACGAACGACACAAACCAUGAACUUUCGUGUUGGCGUAAAGGUAACGGCAUCUUUGACUCCACGAGGAGUUGCUUUUGCACUUUAGUGCCCCUUUAAUAUAUCACAAACUUAUUUCUAAAAUAAUACAUGAUACAGCGUAAAAAUUACUUUACGAACGCAUCUUUACUCUCAGGUGCUAUCAGCUCGGCUAAUCAAAUGGCUUAUCUUCGUUAAUUAGUGCGCAAUUUGUAGAAGCGUCCCAUCAGAGGACAACUGAUGGUGAAUCACUGACAAAGACUUGAUACGUUACUCCCUCUGUCUUCGUGAUGCGAAAUAGUCAUCACAUCAUCCAAGGUCAUCGUUAUGUGAACACGCACAUGAAUAAUCCAUCAGUGACUCAAAGUAUACCCACCGAAAGGUGUCUUGGGUGCUGGCCCGGAAAUCAGCUCAUACCUGCCAUGCGCGCCCUUGUGUAAUUCCUCGUCUCGACUGCCCUCUUUGACACUUUGUGACGCUCUUUGUUUUUUGUGUAUUGAGAUUUCGCACGUGGACUCUCCUACACUGUUGCUUUUGGUGCCAAGUUUUGUGGUGAUGUUUUCAUCCAUUCCGUUUCAAAGUGUAUAAAUUUGUGUAGUUUCCCUUCCUUUUCUGAAUAACGCGUCCUGGAGUAGCCAGUCCCGAGUGGCUCGGGACUAACUUCUCAAUUUUUUCUUUUACAAAUCAAUCAAUCAAUCAAUACCCACAAUGCUUUACACGCGCUGGACGUGGGUAUGCUUUGUUUGUCUGCACACCCUGCACUUCAGCUUGAAAAUCCCCCAUAUUAUACAGUUUUUCUAGAAAGAAAGUCUGCCAUACUUUCAUAAACAACCGAAUAUUAUAGUAGUGCCUUUCCCAUUUAUACAGCAGGGAUCGCUCCAUAGCAUGAGGAUGAGCGGGGAAAUUGUUGUGCCCAAGCUUUUGAAGAAGCGAUAUGCCGUAGAAGAGUGGUCUUUAUAUGAAUGUACCGUAACGCUUGUCACGGUGCUUGUCAUCCCACAAGAUGCUCACCCACACAUGUGCCAGGGGUAUGUUUCAUAAAUUGGUAGUAGGUAUGACGCUUGCCGUUCGUACCGUCCAUGAUCAUCACCGUAUCUCAGGGAUUCGCACCUGUAUAGCAUAGGUGUCUGCUCUCAACCAUUGUUCAUGACUGCCCCAGUGACACAAAGGUUGUGACGCCACCUAGCGCCCGCACAAAUCCGUUGGAAACAUUAGCACUUUUCCAAGGAGAUCCAGCCUAUCAAACGUGCCUUUUUAAUAUCUUAAAACGAAUAUUUACCACAUUAUUUAGAGCGCCCACUUCUGUGCUCCCCAAGGGAUACUUCUGAGAUUGCCGACUCUGUCGCUAUAUGCGUUACGCGAUGCAUGCCUUGGUACAGAGCUUUUGGUUUGGACGAAUGUGUUGUGUGAGCUGUUUAUAUGGCUGGUUUGUUUUACGGUUAAACAUUGACGUUGUCAAAACUAGACCUAAUGGGAGAAGACUGUUAGAAGUACAAAUGUGCUAUUUUUACUGCUCCUGCGGCUGACCAUUUUACGGGCAGACGGCUGACAUUCGAGCUGUACCUGAUGUGCCAUACCUCCAGCGUACCAUGUGUCUUUUAUAUUUGUGCACACGUCACCAUCGUUCCUGCCAUUGGUAUUGUAGUUCUUCUAGGGAAGAAAUGUCGCGUUGACGUUUACAAACCCGUUAUGCUGCCUAGUCAUCUUGCUGUCUGCAGCGUUGUGGGAUGAUUUCUUGCCCGUGGUGGUGAUGCAUAACUGUGAUACCAUGGAUGUAAUUAUGUUUUACGACAAUUGUUGAAGUUUCAGUGUGACCUGCAAUGAAAUGACACGGACAAUAAAAUGAAGAACGUCAUAAGGA